AUGAGUUUUGCUCAAAGAAAUAAUUGCCACUUUACUUUCAAAGAAAUUUUAGAAGAAAAUAAAAAAAUAGCUUCAAGAGACUUAGCAAUAGGAAUAGUAUUCUUGUUACAAACUGUGGUUGGAAUUAUGGGAAAUUUUUCUCUACUUUACCAUUAUUUUUUCCUUAAGCAUACAGAAAGAAAAUUGAGGUCCAUAGAUUUGAUAAUGAGGCACCUGUUUAUGGCUAAUUCUUUACUCAUUCUUUCAAAGGGACCCUCCCAGACAAUGGUAGCCUUUGGGUUGAAACAACUAUUCAGUGAAUUUAGUUGCAGUCUUAACUUGUAUGUCCUCAGAGUAGGCAGGGCUAUGUCAAUUUGUACCGUGUGCCUCUUGAGUGUCUUCCAGACCAUCACAAUCAGUCCCAUGAACUCUUGUUGGAAGACUUUUAAAAUAAAAGCUCCGAAGUACAUUGGCUUCUCUGUAUCACUCUGCUGGCUACUACAAAUGGGGAUAAAUUUCAUUUUUCCUCUGCAUUCAUUACAGGUAUCUGGAAAAUCAGAAAUCAGAAACAUCACAAAGAAAAGACAGCUACCAUUCUGCACUGUUGUAGACUUUAGUACAGCCACUGUCUCAGUCUAUAUUGCAUUAGUAGUAUCCCCUGAGGUUUGUUUCAUUGCGCUUACAAUGUGGACAAGCGUCUAUAUGAUUUUUGCCCUCUACAGACAUAAAGAGCAUGUUAAGCACAUUCAUAGCACUAAUAUUCCCUCCAGAUCUCCUGAGUCAAAAGCCUCCAAAAGCAUCUUUCUCCUGGUGAGCACUUUUGUAUCAUUUUACAUCAUCUCCUCCAUCUUUCACAUUUUUGCUGCCCUUUCAAAAAAUCUCAGUUGGUGGUUGGUGAAUAUUUCUGGCCUCAUUUCUGUGUUAUUUCCAACUAUCAGCCCCUUUCUAGUCAUGAGCCAGGAUUCCUCUCUGUCCAUGUUCUGGUCUGCCUGGAUAAAAAACAGAAAAAUUCCCUCCUCUUACAAGAAAUACAUAGUUGUACAUUUUGACAGUAUUUUUUUAUUUUGUGCCCCUCAUUUAACUCCGAGAGGGAAUACAGAAGUAUAA